AUGAAAACGUGGGACGUAGAUGAAGGAGAAAAAGAAGCUUCGAAAGUGCUUUAUCUUAUCUAUCUAUCUAUCUAUCUAUCUAUCUAUCUAUCUAUCUAUCUAUCCUGCCAAUUCCAUCGUUCAACUCUCACUGUCUCUUUAACUCUUUCUCUUCCAACUAUCCAUCUAUCUCUUUCUCCCUACUCAUCUGAAAUUAUUUAUUUGCAUGCACCUUUACGUGCACUGACAAGAUGUCAGCUGCUCAGUUGUAAGAUUUCAGUUACAACUGGACUUGUAAUUGAAAUCUAUCUCCUUCUUCUCGAUUCUGAUCUAUCUAUCUAUCAUCUAUCUAUCUAUCUAUCUAUCUAUCUAUCUAUCUAUCUAUCUAUCAUAUCUAUCUAUCUAUCUAUCUAUCUAUCUAUCUAUCUAUCUAUCUAUCUAUCUAUCUAUCAUCUAUCUCAGUCUGUUAUAUAUAUAUCUAUCUAUCUAUCUAUCUAUCUAUCUAUCUCAGUUUGUUCAUUAUCUAUCUAUCUAUCUAUCUAUCUAUCUAUCUAUCUAUUUAUCUAUCUAUCUCAGUCUGUUCAUAUAUCUAUCUAUCUAUCUAUCUCAGUUUGUUCAUUAUCUAUCUAUCUAUCUAUCUAUCUAUCUAUCUAUCUAUCUAUCUAUCUAUCUGUGUGUAUCUUUGUAUCUUCAAGAAGGUCCCCCAACAUUACGCUUUCCCGAUAA